GCCGCUUUGGCUCUGGGGACGUAGAGAUCUAGUAUUGGCAAGGACUCAGAUGGGUGACCAAUGAAUGCCAUCGGCAUCAUGCCAUGGUUAUGAUUGUGCCUGCCCGAGCGCGCUGUAUUCAUCGCGCACAAAGUCGUCGAAGGUAAAUCACCGCAGAGAGACUCGAUCCCAGAGCUUGGUCCAAGACGGAUAGCCCGGCCUGGCUCACGCUUCGAGCAAAAGCCGCGGAGUGCAGCCUGGCGCGCACUCGAGCAGGUGGUAGAGAGACUCUAUAAUACUGUGCGGUCGGUGAAGAAAGAUUUCAGUUCACUUCUGGGUCACGUUGUGGAAGAUAGACGCGAGGCGGACUACUACUAACCUUACCCGUGUUGCCACUGCACUUGACGGUGGCUGGUACUCCUCCAUUGAUCUACCCGCGCUGCAAGGGAUAUGUUGUUGUAGGUUCUCGUGUGCUGGACUACCGCGCUCAGCUAAAGCUAGUUACGCUCCGGGGUUGUCGGCUUCAGCCUUCACCGGGGGCAGAAGCUGAACCUACAAUCUUGUGCAGUCCGAGGUGCAGUCGUGAAGUUAAUUUCCGCGUCAGGUUUGCAUUCACCUAUUUCAACCGAGCAGCUUACAGCAGCUCAUUUUCCUCCUCACGUUGUGGAGUUGUACAUGUAGCUCCAUGUCGACCCACAACUUCUGGAAUUCUCUCACCGUUACAGCUGUCCCACUAACCGGUCCGGUCCGGCAUUGGCGUUCUGGUGCAUUAAAUAGUGACUGACGACGGAUAGUGUCUGGCCUAGAUCGCUACUCACCGCCUGGUCCACUCUCACCAGGCGCUAUCCUUGAACUGUCUGUCCAGCCGUGUAUCUGCCCACUGGCACUGACUCACCAGAUCUCAAUUCCGCCAAUCAGGCUGGCGGCCACAGAAGCUGGUCCCAUUUCCAUUGCAGUCUGCGGAAGAUUCGGAGUCGAGCUUGAUCAUUCCGACAAUACAUGAUUGUAGUCAAAGCAUCACAGCAGAUCGAAACGGAGUAGUUGCGCUGCACCAGCCAAGGCGCGAGGAAGGAUCCUGGGGAAUUUGGCCGUUCAUGUCAUGUGAAUUGCAAUGCAGCAAUAUGCCACGGACACUAUUUAAUGCUAACUCCUGGUGGUGACAAUAAUUGCGAGUGCAUUGUAACUAUCAUCUAGAGAGGCCAGGACCUUCUUACCCCCACGGCAAAGUAGUCAUGUCGGUGUGGGAUGAUCGACAAGUGCAGCUGGCACUGGGUGAAGUCAGAGACAAGAUGGACAGCCACUGUGAUGAGUUGCGAAAUGAUUGCAUGUCCAGGCAACUGAUUGACCGGGUUCAAAAUAACACUCUACGGUGCAUGAAAAAUCCUCGAGAUCAACUGGAGCACCUCAUCUCAAUGCUGGCAGCUGGCAGUGGACAGUCGUUUCAGAUUUUCCUGGAAAUCCUGAAGAAACAAUGUCAUAAUGUAAAGGGCAAAGAGGUUAUUUACGAUAAUUUGGAGGCUGCAUCAUCCCAAUACGUCAGCACCAGCACAUACGAUCAAGAGGUCCACCGCCUGGCAUAUCUGGAGAAGACCAGUGGUACUGAUGGCAAGAUUAUCUUAGAUCAAGAGAAAUUGAGGUUGCUUGACACUCGGCAUAACUUUGUACGGAUAAGUGCAGAAAAAGUGCCAAAUCAAGGAUCUGCAAAGGAACAACAACACCCAACUCCACCAGAGUCACAAGAAACGGAAGCUGGGUUAGGUGGGACUGGAUCAAAUGAAGAAAGUACCGAUGAGUUGAAAAGGAAAUCAACUGGUGCAACUGAUUCAAACCUGUCUGAAGCUGACAAAGGGAAGGAUGAACUACCAGAAGAUACUGAUGAAUCAAAGACCGAGGCAUUUCAAUACAAGCCGGGAUAUGUGUCCAUAGAGAAACAGAGCAAGGCCUACAUGCAUCAGCGCCUGACUAGCAGGAUUGUGAUUCUGACUGGCAACAUGGAUGCGCUACUGAAUGAUCUAACAAGCCAGGAGAUUGCAACCCCAAGGAACAUGGCAGAAUUGACCACCAUCGAACAUUCAGGAAUAUACUGCCUGAUCCCAUCUAAGGACGAAGAUGCCGAUACUUUGCCGAUUUACAUGAUCCUCUGCUUGCUGCCCGGUGACAGCCAUCUUCAUCAUGCUCACUUGCUUCGGUUCGCACUACAAAUGUCUCUACACGUGGUUGUGUACUAUGGCUAUGAGCAUCUAGUUUCCAACCAAGCAUUCUCACUGCAACGCAGCACCCAUGCUGCCGGACAACCCAUUGGCCCUGAUCCACUGAUGAAUGUGAUGUUCAGGCCACAGCGCCUGUUUGAAGCCUUCAGUACGGAAGACAUCGACAUUCUGACUCUACUAUCCCAGGUGCUUAAUGAAUUCCCAGCAGGAAGUCGAAUGAGUCUUUGUCCUCAACCAGUACGCCUGCACUGUGUCUUGACGGUCAGCAUGUAUGUUGAGAAUGCUAUACGUCAGCAAUGUCUGAAUUUCAUCAAGAUCCUCUUUAAAGGCUUCUGUUUCAUCGAUCCAUCCGUGUGUAGUGACAGAUCUGAACAAACGACAACACAUGGUGAUUGGAGAGGAACAUCACGACUUCCCCUGCUCCAUCUCGCUAGUGUGAAAACAUGUGAGUCAUUUUGCUUGAGAUCUGUUCACAAUGAACACCUCAUUGGCACGGAGGUUCCAGCGGACAAGAGUAGCAAGCCAUCAACUGACACGCCUGCACAGUUACUGUCCAAAAAACCAGAUCCGUUUGUUAAUCCAAUGUGGCUCCAUGAUGUUUGGGGAUUGAAAGCUACAGUUGUAAUGAAAUGCGUUGAAAAUCUAGAGCCCACUACUACCGAGCAGAUGCCUAAAGCCAAGCAGCAACAGCAACAGCAGCAGCAAUGGCAGCAGCAGCAACAGCAGCAGCAACAGCAGCAGCAACAGCAGCAGCAAUGGCAGCAGCAGCAACAGCAGCAGCAAUGGCAGCAGCAGCAACAGCAGCAGCAGCAGCAAUGGCAGCAGCAACAGCAACAGCAACAGCAGCAGCAACAACAACAACAGCAGCAGCAGCAGCAGCAGCAAUCUGAGCGUGAAAAGCAGUUCCAGGAGCAAAAAGGUAGUCAGCAACCACAGCAACAGCUACAGCACUACCAGGACAAGGACGACAUGGAGAAGAGGCCAAUAGAUCCUGAAGCAUGGAAGCAUCAACAACAGCGUGGAUAUCAAGAGCAGCAGCAGAGCAGGAAAGAAAGAGUAAAAACCAACCACACACAAAGGGCUCAACAACCAUUUGAAGGAGUUUCUCUUAAAGGAAUGGAAGUGAAAGAAAAGAAUUCUGCUGAAAGCCUUACAUCAUCAGCUGAUAAGGAGAUCCCUGACAUUGUUCCACUUGGGGCUUUGGAACGGAUCACUGAUGCUUGGAAGGGGUCGGUUCAUGUCACAGCCUUGCUUACAAGAUAUGAUGACCCUUCCAUGAUGCGAUUUCUCACUCGUUUUACCGGAACACCACUUCUAGUUACGCCUGAUGAAGACUCUGAAGAUGCUCUCUACGCAAUGUGGCACUUUCAGCAUGGAACUGGCUUACUGCACAUCUUCCUGCUUCUCAACUUCACAAUGGAUGAAGCUCAGGAGAGACAGACUGCUGCAGCUCUGGUGUUUGCAGCAAUAGCAUUAUCCAAUGUUUGCCUCAUGCCAUCUGCCAAGCAUGCCACAUGGGUGCAGAACAUGCAGCUGCUGCACUCCAUCCUGCGAAAGGCUGUUCCCGCUGACUGUGGCCUAGUGCCCUACUCUGACAGGAAGAAUAGAGUUGAGCCGGAAAUACUUUCUGCUUGUCUUGUCAUUGGCGGGGAACGGAGCAGAGCAGUUGUUGCCGAUAUACAAUAUUCAACAGAGCUUCAGGACCUUGUAGGCAACUUCUUCUCUGGUAUUGUUCUGGCAGCUAAAAGUGGAUAUGAAGCCCAAGCAAUGAAGCUCCUCUCCUAUCCACAACGUUUCUGCCACAAAUCCUACAAAGAUCCACAUCGCUUUGUGAUGUGCAUACAGCUGCUUGCGAGGGCCAUCCAACUGCAUACUGUCAGAAUGUUUAACUUUGGCAUAUUCUUGCUGAACAGAAAUCGAAAGUUCCUUUGGAAGCUCGACCAACUGGCUCGUUUUGGCAAAAUUCGAUCCGAAGAUGAUGAUCCCGACUAUGCUGAUGUGAGAAAGAUUUGUAAUGAGCACCUGUCAACGUCACUUGCUGCUGGGAAUACUGGAUGUAUUAUGUUCCAGUUUGAAGGUCUAUUGCAGUUUGAGGAUGUUGUCCGUGGAGAGCUGGACCAACUUCCAGGAGAUGAUUUUGUCAAGCCAGAAGGUGAUGGUCAAAAGAGAGUGGCUAUUCAACCUUCUCCCCAACAACAACAUGAUCAGGGUACAUUGGGCCGGGAGGCUGAACGUAAAAUGAAAGAAUUAUGGAAAUUGAAAGACAAGCAAGUUCAACGAGGAACACAAACAUCAAGUGUUGACAAGGCAGAAUCGUUCUUCGAAAGUGUAGCCAAUCUAGUUGAAGAGGAGCAUACGAAGCAGCUUGCUCGCAGGAUUCGGGCUGUCAACGCAUGGCUUAGCAUCAAUGAGAAAGAGUCCACCAGUUCAGCAACACAAAAGACACAGGUAGCAGAAUACAGGAAAGGCCUAGAUGAAGCUGAAAAAGGCUUGUGCAAGAAGCGUUGUAGUUAUGCCUGUCAUUUUCUGUGCCUGUAUCCAAAGGAGGUGCCCCAUGGUGACAGUAAGCAUGACUGCUUUACUCACCGAGACAAGUGGAACUCUACUGGUGAUCAUGCCUGCCAAGAAGACUGUGUGAUCUGUGGUGAACGCUGCGCUUUUCAGCCCGGGCACGAACACGAUGCCACUAACAGGCGACACUUAUGUGCAGAAAGAAUGACGAAGCAUCCAUGCCCAGAGCUCUGUGAAGACCACGGUGCACUUAACUGCUUGACAGAAUGCUCUCUUGUUCAAGGACAUCAUGAAGAAGAAUGCCGGUGCUCCAUUCCGAAAAGUGAGCAUCUCUGUGAUGUGGCAUGCAGGUUCCAUAAACAGUGUGAAAGCAAGUGCAAGAUGAGGUUCAAGCACCAAGUUACUGAUACUGGUCACUUAUGCAACAGCACACAUGAGUGCACCAAGCUGUGUAAUGUUGAUGGCGCCUGCUGUAAAUCAACCAAGCCACCAACUGGAGGCAAGCAGUAUGCUGAAACAACACCAGUGGAUGGUUGGCGACGCAAGUGUGGAAUACCAAUAUCUGCGGGCGAUGUCAGGCAUACUGGCUCUCAACACAUUUGUGAUGUUCCUGUUGUUGAUCACUUGUGUGGAAAAACCUGCCCAUGGUGUCGGCAAUGCUGUGAUACAAAGCGCUCUGUCUCGCACGAAGUUUGCAGUACAGGCCAUGGCACUGUUGAUGAAGAUCAUGCUGGAAAGCAUAAGAUUCAGCUGCUCAGUGAGAGACAUCCAAUAAGUGUAACCAGAAUUCCAAAUGCAGUGAAAACACCCUUUGAGAUGAUGCUCAAGAUGAAGAAGGUUGAACCACUACAUUGCUCUGUCAUUUGUGAGCAAGCUGGUGAUCGCCAUCGGCAUAUCGUUGAUGGUCGCCAUGUUCUCCAUUCAGAGUUCUGGAAAUGUCUGCAAGUUGAAGAUCCCUGCAGUGAAGACGUUGCAGUUACACGCAUGUUCCACCUCUGCCGAGCACAGUGCGAAGUAUGCAAGAAGUCCCAUUGUGAAGAAAGAGUGACCAGAGUGUCUACCAACCUUGAUGAGCAUCAACCGAGUGAAAGCAAAGCUCCAUCAUUUCAGGAUGGUGUGUUCGAAUACGUCAGCACAGAAACGUGCAAAAAACCUGGCCAUCGCUUCAAGUGCCAUGAAAAACAUGACUGUACGGGCCAUUGCAAGCGUCACGUACCUAGUGAUUUUUCACUCAACUUGGACUAUCUCCCAAAGGUAUCCUUUGGUACUAAGACGUGCAGCAAGCGCUGCUCGCGUGACCUCGGUCAUGAUAUUGCGGAGGGAAGUAGCUGCAAAUGCAACGGCCGUCAUGCCUGUGGAGUGACAUGCGAAGCCAAAGAGUGCCAGCAGAAAUGUCGUGCGGAUGAGAAAAACAAGGAACACGGACGCCAUGACUGUGGAAAAGGAGAAUGCAAUGUUCUAUGUGGCAUACAGCAGUGUAGUCACAGCACCUGUGGCAACACUCGACAUUCUACGGCGCGUAGAGCAACCGGGCAUCAUACAUGCAGCUUUGUACCAUGCAACGUCCAGUGCAAGAGGAAAGAUCAUUUCCACGAUCCAUCCAAGGAUACUCCGCACAAUUGCGAGCGCCAUAUCUGCCAAAGGCCAUGUACUGGCAUUGGAAGGUGCCCAGACAACAAGCCAGGUUCUUGCAAGUCUAUCAUUACAAAACCCAAUGCAGAAGUACCUCAUGAAGACAGCUGUGAAAUGACAUGUGGUGGUGUGUCAGUUAAGCAUCUCUGCGAGGAAGACUGCGAGGGAUGUCUCCAUACUAAGGAUUGUCGAAAAUGCAUACUUCCUGCCAAUGAUCAACACCAAAAGCAUGACUGCGGUGGAGAGAGUUGCAAGCACACAUGCGAUGCCAUGCAAUGUUCUGACUGUGGAGUGAUUGCUCGCAAAGGAGAACACAAGCCAAACUGCCAGAUCCGAGAAGGCAGUGAUUGUACCAUGAUCCCUUGUAAGGCUAUCUGCUCCAGCAAAAACCAUUUCCAUCGACCAACUGAUGCUGGCCACUAUCAUUACUGUGGCGAUCACACCUGUGGCGCACGAUGCUCCUGCAAAGGCCAGUGUCCGAACGUGAAGACGGGUGAAAAGGGCAUGUGCGGGAUCACUGUGAAAGAACCUUGGACUAAGAAAGGGCAUCCGUGUGAAUUCCCCUGCGGUGGAAAACAAGAAGACCAUACAUGUGAGCUGCCAUGCCAAGGAUGCGUCGGUACUCAGUAUGAGAAGCCAUGCAGGGAGUCCCCUACUGAUGAGAAACACAGGCAUUAUUGUGGAGUGUCAACAUGUGUAUGGAAGUGCGCUGUGCGAGAAUGCGUUACUUGCAAGUCAAUCAUAAUUACAAGUCUGCAAACCUGUAGCAAUGGUGGAUUCUGCAUGGAGCAGGUCUGCCGAAAAAAGUGCAAAGCUGGCCACCUCCAUCAACACUCUAUUACAAUACCCCACAACUGCGAAGAUCACACUUGCAAAAGGAAGUGCGCUCUAGGAGGCUGUCCAGGUGGCAAGGUGGGAAUCUGUACUGCAACUGUUACCAAGCUGUCCUCUGCCUCAUGCCACGACUCACAGUGCUCAUUUUCAUGUGGAGGAAUUCAAGCUGAGCAUAAAUGCAAGGGCCAUUGUGAACAGUCAUGGUUCUGGUUUGGAAAGUGUAAGGCCGAAUGCACUCUGGCUCUGCCUCAUGCCAAGCACCUGUGCAGCACUCAUGAAACUGGUGUGGAUGACGACGUGACGAUUCUCAAGGCACUGAAGACUGUGAAGGCGUCCAACUCUAAAGCAACUGGCGAGGUCGUGUAUGAUCUCGCGGCACAGAAACUUGGACCCCAAGAUGCUGCCGCGGGUGGUCAAGGACCCAGGUUGAAGCAAGAGGUGGAGAGGAUCCGAAACAAAAGUCAACUUCUGUACAACAAGUACUGGCCGGACUCACCUGCGAAACACCCAUCUAAAGAAGAUAUGAAGAAAGCCAGCAAGGAGUGGCCCCCCUUCAAAGUUUACCAUGAGAAUUUCUUUGAGGAUCCGGAGCUAGGUCCAGAUCAGCUGACAAAACCUGGUGCACAACACUGAAUAAGCAGAACGAUGAUGGCUGCCAGCUUUCCACCUGGACCCACAUCAUUGGACCUGCUGAUAUUCUUUUGUUGAAGGCACUGCUCCAUGAGGCUGGCUGCAAGAAGGAUUAUCGUCCUAAACAUGCCAAGGUAGCUCUACCCUGGUAAAUCCAUGCAUGUUUUCCAUACUUUCUGGAUAUUUCCUGGAUAUUUACUUAUAUGAAUGUCGUAAUUCAAGCAUUCUCCUUGCCAGAACCUUUCUGACAUAAAGGCAGAGAGCUUUUCGUCAGAAUUUGAUGCGUUCCCUGCUUCACCCCGUAUGUACCCUCUCUAUUGCCCCCCCCCCCCAAACACACACAUUCUGCUCUCUCUUCUGGAAAUGUUUAUCAUAAUCUACUCUCGCUUCUGUCUCUUUUUCUCUCUCUCUCCCUCCCUCCCUCCCUCCCUCCCUCUCCCUCCCUCCCUCCCUCUCCCUCCCUCCCUCUCCCUCUCCCUCCCUCCCUCCCUCUCCCUCCCUCCCUCCCUCCCUCUCCCUCCCUCCCUCCCUCUCCAUGUGCGUGUGUGUGUGUGUGUGUGUCACGAAUUGCACAAGUUCUCGAAUCAAUGCAUGACAUGAUCAAGCUCUCUUACAUCCUCACAUAUUAUGUGGCACUAUCCUUUUAAAGCCCUUCAUAUAAGAUAUCCAAAAGAAAAUGGGCUGCACUGCAUGAUAGUUGUGUCCCCAACCCCAAAAUUUGCACCCCUCCUUUAGACUGCAAGUACAAAUGUCCAUCAGAGUGUGAGCACAAUGCAAUCUUUAUCCCCCCCCCCCCCCCCCCCCCCCCUCUGUAGGAACCCGUUGCCUGCCAAAGGCAAUUCUCACAAUGCAAGCAUAAUAGAUAUUCUGUACCUACUUCUUUGUAGCACUAGCUAUUACAAACUGUUUAAGUCGGCAACAAGUAUUGCUUUCAAUCCACUGGUGAAAAUAAUGGUCACCCGCAAUAUGCACUUUCAUUCUGAGUUGACAUGUGCCUUCAAAUGUACGCACCACCUGCAUUGCCUUCGGUUGUGGCGUUAGCUCUUAGUGUGAUUCUUAGCACUAGUCCUAAUCCGAAAAUGUUUUUAGCAAGCAGCACACACCGUAGAGCUUUGUAGCCUUUUCUUUUUAUGCAUAAAAUAGUAUUUUGCUACUCCCUGUCCAUAACAGUUCCUAACCAGCCUCGCACUUUUGUUAAGACUGGUUUGCCAUGGUGACGUUGGGAGAAGUAUUGGAUUUGGAGUCUACCAUUAUAAAAAAAUGUUGGUCAUUUUCUUGUAACUGAACUCGGAACUUUUUCUCCUUGUUCAACUCUCUGGAAUAUAACAAUUAAUUGUUCCUGUACUUCGA